ACGAUCUUCGCUUCCCUAUCCUAUAGUCGUUACCGCUUACGAUUAUACUACCUAUACUCUUCAAAUUGUAUUAUAUUUUAUUGAUGCAAAGUCGGAGUACGAUACAAUUUGUAAAUUAUUGUUGUCCUUGUGUCGGAUUUGAAUUAUCGGGAUCCAUACGAUCGUACAAGAGAGAUUGAACACAAAUCGCAGUCAUGAGAUACAGGCUGAUUUACACAUUGCUGACCACCGCGCAAGAGCUUCUGUUCGGCAAGAAAUUGUUUUUUGACUGGCAGCUCGGCGACAACUGGGCGCUGAAGAGCAUGGAUAUUUUGGACAAAGACUUGAUGGCGGCCGAAAAUGAUCGUAAAGAAGGCGGUAGCCCGGGAACGAAGGAUCAGCCGGAGUACGUGUACCGCCGGCAGAUCGUCUGGUUCAACACCAUCGGGUUCCUCGUGCUCCACUUGGGCGCCGUGUACGGCAUGUACUUGUUCUUGACAUCUUCGAUGGUACUCACUAUGCUGUGGACAAUGCUGGUAGCUGGCGCAAGUGCGUUUUCCGUCACCAUGGGCGCUCACAGAUUAUACACGCACAGGACUUUCAAAUGUAACGAUUGGGUAAAAGCCCUGCUGGUGUUGGGGCAGACGGUCGCAGGACAGAACUGCUUGUACGUUUGGAUCAGAGACCAUCGGCAGCAUCACAAGUACAGCGACACGGUGGCCGACCCGCACAACGCGUCACGGGGAUUCUUCUUCUCGCACAUCGGGUGGUUGAUGGUGCGCAAACAUCCGGAAGUCAUUGAAAAGGGCAAGAAGAUCGACAUGACUGACAUCGAAAUGGAUCCGUACGCCAUGUUUCAAAAAAAAUAUUACAAAGUACUGUUCACGAUCUUGGCCAUGCUGAUGCCGAUGGUCGUACCAUUCGUCUUCUGGCGGGAAACCCUGUGGAAUGGCUUCUUCGUGUGCUUCCUGUUUCGGCUGAUGACAGUCCUGAACUUGACCUGGCUGGUCAACAGUGCUGCGCAUCUGUACGGCAACAAACCAUUUACCAACGACAUAAUGCCCGCGGAGAACGUUUACGUGUCCAUGUUCGGGCUGGGCGAGGGCUGGCACAACUAUCACCACUCGUUCCCGUGGGACUAUCGGGCCGCCGAGUUCGGGCAGUACUUCAACUUGACGACGAUGCUGAUCGACUUUUUCGAAGAGAUGGGCUGGGUGUGGGACAAGAAGUACGCGACGCCGGCCAUGGUCCGGAGCCGAGUGGCCAAGCGUGGGGACGGCACGCACUGCAAAUACGCCCGGCCGCAGUUGAAGGACGGCGGCGGCGAUCCCCCGGAGGCGGUGGCGGACGACGAGACUUACGAGGAGUUGUUCUGGCUGGAGGAACGGUCGACGAAGACCGCCGAGCGCGUGGUCGAGGCUCAGAAGGGCUAAACAUCACCUAGCCCGCGAAACACAUAAUAUCACUUAAUAAAUUAUAUUAUACACGUAUAUACACUGUAUAGUUAUUACUUAUAACUUAUUAUUAUUAUUAUUAUUAUUAUUAUACGUCACCAGUGUAUA